GGUGCUGGCUGACUCGCUCUGACAGCAACAGCCAGCCACACGGGGUCGUGCCUCUUUAAAUCGGUGUCAAAGCCGAUUCCAGCUGAUCUCUCCCACGUGAUUCCCUCUUUACCGUCUGUUCCCUUUGCUCACCAGCCGCGUUCUCCCUCUGGAUGGCCGUGUGUCUGCACUCAGUUCGGAGUUUGCUGCUGGAUCCCAAUGCCUGGCCCCUCUCGCUCCGGCUCUGUGUGCAGACUUUCAGCAGAGCAGCGGCUGCUCGCCUGUCUAAGUUUCUUUCUGUGUUGCUGACUUUGGGGCUAAUGGGUUUCUGUCUAAGCUGGGUGGCUGGGGUUCCUGAGGGGAGACCGUAACAGAACAAAAGUUGUUUCCUCCUCUCACCCUCACCCACCCCCUUCUCCCUUUAAAUAACCAUCCCCCCUUUCCCCUUUCUCGCCCCCCAAAGCAAAAACAAUCUUAACGCGCCAGUCAGACGGAAAAUGCAGAAAAGCAUCAGGUUGAAUGAGGGGCACGCUAUGUAUUUGGCUCUGAUUGCGCGGAAAGAGGGGACGAAACGCGGCUACCUGAGCAAGAAGACAGCGGACAACAGCAAGUGGCAAGACAAAUGGUUCGCUCUCUACCAGAAUGUGCUCUUCUACUUUGAGAACGAGCAGAGUAGCAGACCCUCGGGGAUUUAUCUGAUCGAAGGCUGCACUUGUGAGAGGGUCCCGUCCCCCAAGCCACCGCCAAUGGGCAAGGAGACGCUGGAGAAACAGCAUUACUUUACCAUAAAUUUUGGACAUGAGGGACAUAAACCAUUGGAGCUCCGGAUUGAGGAAGAGGCUGACUGUGAGACAUGGGUGGAUGCUAUUCAGCAGGCCAGCUACUGUGAUCUUCUAAUUGAGCGUGAGGUGCUGAUGCAGAAGUAUAUUCAUCUGGUUCAGAUAGUAGAAACGGAGAAAAUUGCAGCACAUCAACUGCGGCAACAACUUGAAGAUCAAGACACUGAGAUUGAGAGAUUGAAAGCUGAGAUUGUCGCUGUGAACAAAACAAAAGAACGGAUGCGGCCUUACCAAGGAAAUGCUGAGGAUGAAGACCCAGACAUUAAAAAGAUUAAAAAGGUACAAAGUUUCAUGAGGGGCUGGCUCUGUCGACGGAAAUGGAAGACAAUUGUACAAGACUACAUUUGCUCGCCACAUGCAGAGAGUAUGAGGAAAAGAAACCAAAUUGUCUUUAACAUGGUGGAGGCAGAGUCGGAGUACGUCCAGCAGUUGUAUAUCCUGGUGAACUGCUUCCUGAGACCCCUACGGAUGGCUGCCAGCUCAAAGAAGCCACCAAUCAAUCAUGAUGAUGUCAGCAGCAUUUUUCUCAACAGCGAAACAAUCAUGUUCCUUCAUGAGAUAUUUUACCAAGGAUUGAAAGCACGGAUAGCCAACUGGCCUACAUUGGUGUUAGCUGACUUAUUUGACAUUUUACUACCAAUGCUGAAUAUUUAUCAAGAGUUUGUCAGGAACCACCAGUACAGUUUGCAGGUAUUAGCAAACUGUAAGCAAAACAGGGAUUUCGACAAGCUGCUGAAACAAUAUGAAUCAAACUCAGCGUGUGAGGGGCGGAUGCUGGAGACCUUUCUUACGUAUCCCAUGUUCCAGAUCCCACGAUAUAUAAUCACAUUACAUGAACUCUUGGCACACACACCAUAUGAGCACGUGGAACGAAAAAGUCUGGAAUUUGCAAAAUCGAAACUAGAAGAUCUUUCAAGGGUAAUGCAUGAUGAAGUGAGUGACACAGAAAACAUUAGGAAAAAUCUUGCAAUAGAACGAACAAUUGUGGAAGGAUGUGACAUAUUGCUGGAUGCAAGUCAGACAUUUGUACGGCAAGGUUCCCUCAUACAGCUCCCUUCAGUGGAGAGAGGAAAGCUUGCCAAGGUUCGUUUAGGUUCCCUGUCGUUGAAGAAAGAAGGAGAGAGACAGUGUUUCUUAUUCACAAAACAUUUCUUAAUCUGCACAAGAAGUUCGGGAGGAAAGCUGCAUCUCUUGAAGACUGGAGGUGUGAUUUCUUUGAUAGACUGCACCCUAAUAGAAGAACCUGAUUCAAGUGAAGAUGAAUCGAAAGGCUCUGGUCAGGUUUUUGGGCAUCUAGAUUUCAAAAUUGUGGUUGAAUCAGCUGAUGCACCACCGUUCACAGUUGUGUUGCUAGCCCCGUCUCGACAGGAAAAAGCUGCAUGGACCAGUGACGUAAGCCAGUGUAUAGACAACAUACGGUGCAAUGGUUUAAUGACCAGUGUGUUUGAGGAAUAUUCAAAAGUUACUGUGCCUCAUAUGAUUAGAUCUGAUAUCCGACUCCAUAGUGAUGAUAUGGAUAUCUGCUUCAGCAAGACACUGAACUCCUGUAAAGUUCCACAGAUCCGCUAUGCCAGUGUAGACAGGCUGCUGGAGAGACUGACUGAUCUGCGCUUUCUUAGCAUUGACUUCCUCAAUACCUUUUUGCACACCUACCGAAUAUUCACAACUGCACUGGUUGUCUUGGAAAAGCUGACAGACAUCUACAAAAGACCUUUCACCUCCAUCCCUGUCAGGUCACUGGAACUGUUUUUUGCAACUAACCAAAGCAACAGAUCUGAGCACAUGAAUGACGGAAAGUCUCCAAGAUUGUGUCGAAAAUUUUCUUCGCCACCUCCGCUGUCUCUUUCUCGGACAUCUUCUCCUGUCAGAACUCGGAAACUUUCACUCAGCUCCCCUGUGAAUUCUAGAAUAGGAGUCCUUGAUCUUUCCGCAUCCUCCAUAUCUAGUACUUCUACUUUUGCUUAUAGCCCAGCUACCUCUCCACCUCCCCUAGCAAGCAAAACCCCACUGGAUCUGAGCAAAGGUUCCUCGUCCCUAGAUCAGUGCCCUCUGUCCACAGAGGAAAAUUCAGAGCAUCCCCGCAUUGACAUAUGCAGCAAGUUAAGAAGAAGCAUCAGGAGAGGGCUACGGCAGAAAUAUUAUAUUAGAAACAUUCCCCUCAGCCAGCAGCUGCUAAGACUUAAUGUUCAAUCCGGUGUGUUGGGACCUGGCUGCAGGGAGAUGGACAAUGUACGAUGCUCUGUGUCUCCUACUUCAGCAUUCGCCAUUGCCACAGCAGCAGCAGGACAUGGGAGUCCACCAUCCGAAAACUCUGGAGUGCAGGAAAAGUUUAGACGAGUUUCAAUGGGAGGAUUUAACAACUCAGAGCGCAUGUGCGACAAAGAAUUUAUAAUACGAAGGGCAGCUACAAACCGUGUUUUGAAUGUCCUUCGACACUGGGUUUCCAAGCACUCUCAGGAUUUUGAGAUGAACAGUGAACUGAAAUCAAACAUUGUAAAUUUAUUAGAGGAAGUGAUGCGUGACCAUGAUCUGCUGCCCCAAGAAAGGAAAGCCACAGCCAACAUUUUAAGUGUGCUUUCACAAGAUGAGUUGGAUGAUCCUCAGCUGCGGAUGGAAGUUUUAAUACAGAUGACAGAUGGCCCCAGGAUGGAAACCUUUGAGACACUGUCAGUCAUGGAAAUAGCAGAGCAGUUAACGCUCCUUGAUCAUAUUGUUUUCAGAAGCAUACCAUAUGAGGAGUUUCUUGGUCAAGGGUGGAUGAAAGUUGAUAAAACUGAACGAACGCCAUACAUCAUGAAGACUAGUCAGCAUUUUAAUGAUAUGAGUAAUCUUGUUGCUUCUCAAAUCAUGAUGCAUGCUGAUGUCAGUUCACGCACAAUUUCCAUUGAGAAAUGGAUAGCAGUGGGAGACGUUUGCAGAUGUCUGCAUAACUACAAUGGAGUCCUUGAGAUCACAUCAGCCCUGAACAGGAGUGCAAUCUAUAGGCUGAAGAAAACCUGGGCAAAGGUUUCCAAACAGACCAAAGCUCAAAUGGACAAGCUUCAGAAAACUGUCUCAUCAGAAGGAAGAUUUAAAAAUCUAAGAGAAACUCUGAAAAAUUGUAAUCCACCAUGUGUUCCAUAUCUCGGGAUGUAUUUGACUGACCUAGCAUUUAUAGAAGAGGGUACCCCAAACUUUACUGAAGAAGGUCUUGUAAACUUUUCCAAAAUGAGAAUGAUAUCACAUAUUAUCAGGGAGGUACGACAGUUCCAACAAACACCAUACCGAAUAGACCAUCAACCAAAGGUCAUUCAAUACUUACUUGACAAAUCAAUUAUUAUGGAUGAAGAUACGUUGUAUGAGCUGUCCUUAAAAAUUGAACCUAGGCUCCCUGCAUGAGAACCAGCAAAUCUGUGGCUGCAAAGAUUCAGCAGCUUAGUAUGACAACCCAGAGUGUAUGUGGCGAGCUGCAUGGAGUGUGACUUAUCUACCCAGGGUAAAUGUGAGUGUGAGUUUUCCUAAAGGAAAGAUGGAACCUUACGGGAAGAUUGCUUAACACACAUUGGAAGAUGAAGAACUUCUGCUUGGGAUGAAAGAUUAAGGUCAUUUAUAUCCAGAAAACUUGACACUAUGAAUGAGCAUAAUUUCUGCAGAAUGGAAAAUAUGAAGAUAAGUUAAAAUGAAAGUCAUUAUAUUAAAUUCUAAAAAGAACACAUUAUAGUGUGCACAAAAAAAUGGCAAGCAUUGAGGUAACUGUUCAUCUGCAAGUCUGGACAUUCAAUAUGAUACAAAUUAUUUCCUUCCUAGGAGCUGUUUUAGUCAUAAGCAGCUUGAUUGGCUGUUGGUAGACUUUUGUUUUUCAGAGAGGGGUGUUCAGUAUAAGACAUGAAAACUGAAGGACUGUCUCAGCGUCCGAGAGAAAUUAUGUCUAAAGAACAACCUGAAGAAUAUAGCAGUGUUGCGUUUCAUGAAGCAUAGCGUGAAAGAUGGUGAAAUGCCACCACAGUUCUUAGUGGCUUCAAGAAAUGAGCUCUUCAAACUUAAGUUGAGAAGUUCUAAUGGCAUGAGCUUUAAAAACAUCUGCUUGCUGUACCAUUGCAGCAUCGUUGCACACAUGAACCAUUCAUAAAAUUACAAGUCGUACUGAAAUAGUGAUUUAGGGUAUCACUGCUUGUUUAUACUUUAACAGGCGUCCGUUUUGUAUGUUGUAUCUGGGAUGUUCAGUAGUAGCUUUCAAAGUAGAAUGUUAAAUGUCUUUGAAAUAUGCUGAUAUUUAGUCACAUCAUCUUUGUGUUGAGCUAAGUAUUAUGUUGUGCUGCUUGUUUGUGCUUUCCUACUUCCAAAGUCUUAAAAAAUGUAUUGAAAUCUUGAAUCAAAGCAGCCACAGACAGGGUGUGGGUCUAUGCGAAUAAUAAACUACUGACAAUUUUAAUAAUGUUUCAAAACAUCUCCUGGAACACUAUCAUUCAAAUAUUCAAAAAAAAUGAUAUUCCCAAGAAUUUGAAAACUCAUUCAUCCUCAAUGCCAAGGAUUUUGCUCAAGACGAUCCGCUAAGAACCAACUUUCAAAAAAGAAUUAAAAAAAAAAAGAAUUUAUUCAAUGUACAGUGGGUGACAAUGUUCUAAGUUUUACAGUUUCUGGCAAGGUACAGACCUGAAACAGGAAGUGUGCAUUAUACCUCUCUGGCCCCUCUCUUGUCAGCAUGUUGAAUCCAAUGUCAACUAACCAAGUAGGGGCUGGUCAAAGGAAUGCUUGCUGUGUUUAAAAAGAGGACUCUAUGCCUCAUUGGUUAUCGAUUAGGAAAGAGGUUAAACCAAGAAUUUAGUCAGGUAAAUGAUAUAGUCUGGUCCCCCAUCCCCCCUUUGCCUAUGUAAAACACAUCAGUCAGUUGUGGCCACUAAUUUAAAGGCACACAUUAUCCCCACGCUCUCUGUGGUUUAUAUAUGUCAGACUAUAAAAAGUUAAAGUAAUAAAGUCUGCUAAUAGCUAAAUGCUGUCACCUUCAAAAGCAGACUCUGCUGCUACGUACCCAUAUGACCCCUUUUCAUCCACCUGUACAUUGCCUCCUCUUUCUUGUUGGUACAGUCAUAUGACUAGGGAAAAGUAGAGUGGGAAAUGAAAUGUUGAUCAGCUUGUUAACAAACUAAACAGAUUGCUAAUUGGUUAUUUGAACAGAGCAGUGUUCUUCCAAUUCCAGCACCAACUUGCCUUCCAUAUUUUUGGAGUCUGGCUGGAUAGCAUUGGAUCGCUGACCCAAUGUCAUUGCAUCAAAUUUUACAUAUGCACAUUUGGUGGAUGGAAGUGGGGAGGUGUGCCCUGCAUGAUUUCUGCUAGUAAAUUCCAGUCCACUGGCUUCUCUCCACAAUCUUCACACACUUGUGUUAUGUUGAGGCCUAUUGGGAAGACAUUUUAAUAAGAUCUCUGCAGUUAAAGCUGGCUAGCUCGUAUCAGAAAUGGGUUCUGAAGAAAAUAUUUCAUUACAUCUAGCCGUAAUAAUUUAAAUCAACGUGAAAGACUGUCAAACCUAGACCAGCAGUUUCAGAGACUUGGUAAAAACUCUCAAUAAUGGAGCAUGCUUUCCUUUUACUCUCACCCUGGAACUUUAACAAAACAUCACUAACAGUAAGUUAAUACAUCAUUCUGUUUGUGUGAUUACAUAAGCAAUUAUAUGAUAUUCUUUGUAAUAACAUGAAAACUUAGAUUAUGGUGUCCUAUUUUAAGAUGAGAAAUUGUGGAAAAAUGUCCUUCAUAUUUUAUGAAAAUAUAUUUUUAAGAGGGACAAUACAAAAUGAGGGCUAUUUAUUUACAACAGACAAUAAAGCAACUCUCAGGGAGUCAACUCUUUAAUGUACUAAAAUCAAACAGUUGCAGGUGAUAUUAUUCUUAAAUUCUUUUUUAUUUAAUUUUCUACACAAUAUACUUUAUGCUAAAUUAAAUAACAAUGGUUGUUUGAUCUGAAAGUUUCAGUUCUGUGCUUAUAUAAUAGUACUGUUCAAUUACACAACUGCAAGUAUGCUGUCAAUGUCAUAGUAGGCAAUAUGCAAUCAUAGCAAUCAGCAGGCAAAGCAGUUAAUGACUCUUUCAAUAUUGAUUGAAUAUAAGGCACAAGUAUACAGAAUAAUGGUAGAUAGACAUUGGUUAACUCAGUUGGCUGGCAGUCAGUUUAUGAUACCAACAGGGUGGGUUCAAUUUCUGCACUGGUUGACAGUACUAUAGAGUACUCUCCAUCUCAACCUCUCCUUUUGCCUGAGGCGUGGUCACCCACAAUUUAAACCACCAUCUCACACUUCUCUCUAAAGCCCUAUGGUCUGGUAGGACUACAGUGACUUAUCUUUUAUUUACUAUUAAAAGUAAUUUAGGGAUUUUCUUUUAACAACGAGCAGUAUGUCAGUAAGAGAUUACAAUUUGAUGAAAAUGUGACGAUGUGCAUGUAGUGAUUGUAAUGAGGUCAGCCAGGUAGACCUCAUAGAAUAUGAGUUCCCUGAUUGGGGCUGGUAAUCUGG